UAGCUUCUAUAACCAGAAUACAUUUUCCCUUUUGAUUUUUGUACGUUUUCAGCAAAAUAAAAAAGUGCUUUUUUGCUUAUUAGUUCUUUUUGAGGUUAAAUAUCAAUUUUGAUCACGAUGUUGCCCAAAAGUCCGCGCAUUCGUCAAGGAAAACAAACUAGCUUGAGUUCCAUUCCUCAAAAGGGAUCGCCCAGAGCGCUCUACUCCAAGUCACUUAUUUCCGUACAGGCGAAGAAACGCCACAUUUUCGGGCAGCGAAACCUGAAGAAGGAGAAUGUCUUCGCAGACAAGGAGAACAACAAAAAGCUGCUGAACAAAAUACCCAGGGCUGUGCUACUGACACCCUCCUCUUCCGAUAACUCGUUGACCACCACGGUUUCUAGUAAUGGCCAACCCAGCUACACGGUUAUGCCAAAGACCAGUCUUCUGCGGGAGCCCUCCUCCUUGACCCCCUACUUGAGCCUAAAUCGUCAACAGACAUCGACUUUGAUUAACUUCCGGGUGCGCAAAUCGCUUUCCCAAAUGGACUUUAAAGAGGCUCGUCGCACAGGCAGCUAUCAGCUGAUGAGCCGUGUUUCCUCGCCAAAGAAAGCAGUCCAGAAGCUGGCCCAGAAUGAGGCUGGGACCUCCAGCUUGGAGGGCAAGAUGACCCAGUUGGUGCUGCAGGACAACGCUCUGAUUGAGGGUCAGUUGAGCUUUGUGGUUGGUCCGGAUCAGGAUGCCCGGGUGGCCAGCUUAAGGAUCUUUAACACCAUUAUGCUGCACGCUUGGCGCCGGAGACGUGAGGAGGUUCGUCAACUCAGUGACCAGGUGGAGGACUACAAGAAAAGUUUCGUGAAGAAUCGCAACCAGUUGCAUGUCUACAAUUCGCUGUUUUCCGUGGAGAAGCGUCGCAAUGAAACCUUGAAUGAUCAGCUAAGGCAAUCUUAUCGUGAGAAUGCCCAGACGAAGCUCUCUUACGAGGAACUGAGUCUUAUGCUGGUGCAGAUUAGGACUGAGAAAGAGAAACUGUCCGAGGAGCUGGCCAUCAAGGACCGGGAUAUCGGGAACCUGCAGGAGAUGCAGCAGUCCCUAAGAUCGGAGCUCUUCCAGGUGAAUAGCCAGCAGCGGGAGCAACUGAAGCAGUUGACCAGUCUGCAACGCGAUUACCAGGAGAGCCAGUCUGCACAGGAUGAACUGGUCCGCCAGCUGGAUCUCCUACAAAUCGACUUGGCCCUUAAGCGAGAUUUCAUCGACCAGCUGCGCGAAAAUAUGGCCAAACUAGAGGAUCUCAAGAAGGUAUCCGAUAAGCAGUACAGCAAACUGCUCGAGCAAACUCUCAAGAUGGAGCGUUCCCUGGAGGAGAAAGAGGAGCAGCUGGUCACCCUCCAGAACUGCUUGUCCGCCACCUUGGGUCAGAGGAUCCGCCAGUGCUUCGCCCAGAGCCAGGCCUACCAGCAUGCCACCUAUCGCAUGCUGCACUUCGUGGCCCACUAUAUGCUACCGGGCACUCCGCCACCGACACCUUCGCUUCCAGGAGCGGUUACCAGACUGAAGGGAUUCUUUUCCCGGGGCUCAGAAAAUCGUGUUCAGGAGGUCGAUCAUUUUACCGAUCUGGAAAGGGUAGUUAACGAUCAAGGCCAAAAGCAAGAAAAUCUCUUAUAAAGAGUUUAUUGAUGUUCUUAGAUUCCUUAUUUAUUUUGCGAUUGCUACUUACUGUUGUUUAGAUUUUCAAUAUUUUUCCUUAUGGUUGAUAUUGCUCUUUAAAUCUUUGUUGGCAGUGUUAUGAACUAAAUACGAAUACAGUGUUAUUAAAUGUAUAAUAAAUAUCUAAAUAAAAAAUUGAUAAGGAAAUUUA